AUGUCUCGUCAAUUGAUAUUCUUACGUUUGACGGUAUCAUGCAAUGGAACAUUUUUCUCUUCGGAUCGUUGGGAACAAUUAAUUUUAAAUCAUAUACCUCAUUUACGUAUAUUUGAUUUUCAAUAUAACAUGUCACCUGAGUAUCCCAUCAAUGAUGAGAAUUUGAAUUUCGUACCAAUCGAUCAAUUUAUCUCGACAUUUUGGUCAAAUCGAAAUUGGUGCUUUGAAUAUCAAUAUUGGCCAGAUAAUGAUGAUGACGAGUCGUUUCCAAUAGUCUUCUAUUCGACUCAUCCAUACAGAAGAAAAUAUUAUGAAUUGAUUGAAUGUAUCGAUGAUGAAGAUAUUGAAAUCCAUUCGGCUUCUCAUCUUACCAUUCGACAACAAAUGAACACGAUUACAUGUUCAAGUCACUUUCCAAACAUCACCAAACUUACUCUCAAUGCUAACUUUCUAGAUGAGAAUGGUCAAUUUAUUCGUGAUAUUAAUCGUAUUAUUUCAUUAUCAAAACUCAAAUAUUUAUUGAUGGACGAACAAGAACUUCGUAUUGAUCAACUCAUUGAACUUCUAACAUUUACAUCAAAUAUUCAUUCGUUAACAUUUGCUCAAAUGUUUUUUCUCGAUUUUCAUUCUUUAUCUAUUGAACAAACGGAUAUGUUUCAUCAAAUAUCAAUGAAAAAUAAAAUUACUGAAUUGAACAUCGAACAUGGUUGUACACUUGAACAUCUUAAGUUUUUUGUUAAUCUUUGUCCUCGUUUACAACAUUUGACAAUUGGUAUUAGUGAAACUUCAUUGGAAUCAAUUCUGAAAUUUUUAUUAUCAAACAAAGAUUCGAAUCUCUUCUCAUUACGCAUUCUGAACACGAACAAAGAGACAAUCAAUGAAAUUAUUCGUCGUGAAAUACUUCUCGAAAAUUAUUCCAUUGAAUAUGAAAACAGUGCAAUACAUUUAUGGUGGUAA